UGCUUUCUGGGGAUAGACUCGAGCCUUGCUUGAUUGAUCCUGCGCGAUAUAUCGGUAUCGGACUAUCGAUAGCAGCAGCUUCCGCCUUACUCGAACGACGCAUUCUCUGAUGGAUGGAGCAUACACCCGAUGACGAGACGGGUUCGAGCGAACGCUCAGCACAACCGGCACCUGUCGAAGAAGCUAAUCCCGACGAAAAUAAUAAUGCCGAUAAUGACAAUAGCAUACGCGAUGUGAGCGAGCCGACUAGUGACGAGAUUGCUUCUACAGCGUCAAUAUCAGAGCACCAUCCCAAUAACACAAAUGGCACCGCGCAUCACAAUCCAGACACAAACAAGCCACGCAAAGAUCGGCCUGUAUCAGGCGUAGUCCCACCCUACUGGCGCCAUCACAGAGCUCUCUCUCGCGCAUCGCUGGCCUCGGUAGACACGCACCACAGCUCCUCAAAACCAGCCAUCACACUUGAAGAUCACACAGCCGACCCAGACGCUACCACGACGAAAGGGCUAUGGGCCCGAAGCGUGACGAUAGAUGACCACGUCGUUGUAUCAGGCAAAACGGGGAUAGGCGCAUAUGUAGUUUGGAUGUGUAAUGUACAAACUCUAGACGGCGGCCCAAUGAUGAUCCCCAUGCGAUACUCUGAAUUCGACGAACUCCGCCUCUUACUCUCAAAGGCAUUCCCCCAGUCAACCAAUGCAUUGCCACCUCUCCCGCCAAAGAGUGUGCUUUUCAAAUUCCGACCCAAAUUCUUGGAAUCAAGACGCAUUGGAUUACAAUAUUUUUUGAACUGUGUCUUGCUGAAUCCGGAGUUUGCGGGGUCGCCGGUAUUAAAGGAUUUUCUGUUCUCGCGCAUUAAUUGAUUUUGGGAUUGGCGUGAGGUUUGGAUAUAAUGAUAUACGACGUGCAUUUCGUUCAAUUCCUAUUCUUGUUUAUGCCUAUUUUGGGUUUAUUAUGUAUAUAUUCAGUUCUCACGAGUAUGAUCUCCUAUAUCGAUGAUAUCACUUCGGGGAUAACCCGAAGCCUUAUUUCCAUGAUUU